CCAGACCUCCUCAGCCUACAGAGCUACAGUACUGCAGACAUGCUGAGACUCGUCCUGUUGACUGUCCUGGCCAGCCUUGCGCUGGCUAGGAUUCCUGAGCCCAGGUACAUGGAGGAAGUUGCCUCGGAGAACGAGAGGGUGGUGGGAGGUGAGGUGGCCACACCCAAUACCUGGCCCUGGCAGAUUUCUCUUCAGUACCUUUCUGGGAGUAGCUACUACCACACUUGUGGAGGCUCUCUGAUCCAGAGGGGAUGGGUGAUGACAGCUGCUCACUGUGUGGACAGUUCCAGGACGUGGAGAGUUGUUCUGGGAGAGCACGACCUGAACAGCAACUCUGGCAGGGAACAGAUCCGUUCCGUUAGCCGCGUCUACAUCCACUCCGGAUGGAACCCCAACAACGUUGGUGGCGGAUAUGACAUUGCCCUGCUGCGUCUCUCCUCUGAUGCCACACUGAACUCCUAUGUGCAGUUGGCAACACUGCCCCCCUCUGGCCAGGUUCUGCCCCAUGACAAUCCCUGCUACAUCACUGGAUGGGGUCGCACCGCCACUGGUGGUAGCCUUUCUGCUCAGCUGAAGCAGGCCUACCUGCCCAUCGUCAGCCAUAACGUCUGCUCCAGCAGUGGCUGGUGGGGCGGCAGUGUGAAGACCACCAUGGUCUGCGCAGGAGGCUACGCGGAGUCUGGAUGCAACGGAGACUCUGGCGGCCCUCUGAACUGCAACGUGGGCGGCAGGUACGUGGUGCACGGUGUCACCAGCUUCGUGUCCUCCGCAGGCUGCAACACCUACCAGAGGCCCACUGUCUUCACCCGCGUCUCCGCUUUCAGCAGCUGGAUCGAGUCGACCAUGGGAUACUAAAUCAGAUGUGAAUCCUUCACCAGUGAAUCUUCCUGGUACUGGCAUUUUCCAAGGGAGUGAAGAAAAAAUAAAAAAGUGUUUGUGGAAAUGUAA